CCCCAUAAUCCGUCUCCUGUGAGCGCCAGCAUAUAAAAGACAGAGGCACAUUCUAAACCGCACACACUCUGAGUGAGGAUCGGCGCAGGCGUUGCACACAGACAGUAAUCAUGUCCAGUGGAGAUUCCAAGGCCAAGGCUUCUUCCCAGACUGAUGGGAAAGCUGCUCAGGGCAAGAAGUCUGAGAUGGGAAUGAUGUCCUACAGGAUGUAUGUGUUCGAUCAGGAGAAUUUCCAGGGCCGCAUGAUUGAGAUCAACAACGAGUGCAUGAAUGUGUGUGAGAUGGGCAUGGACCGCGUGCGCUCCCUGCGUAUUGAGUGUGGACCCUUCGUGGGAUUCGAGCAGAUGAACUUCUGUGGUGAGAUGUACAUCCUGGAGAAGGGAGAGUACCCCCGCUGGGACUCCUGGAGCAACUGCCAGAGGAACGACUACCUCCUGUCCUUCAGGCCUGUCAGAAUGGACCCUGAGAAGCACAAGAUCUGCUUGUACGAGGUGGGAGAGUUCAAGGGCCGCAAGAUGGAGAUCAUGGACGAUGACGUUCCCAGUCUUUUCUCCUACGGCUUCACUGACAGAGUUGGCAGCAUCAUGGUCAGCUGCGGAACCUGGGUGGGAUACCAGUUCCCUGGAUAUCGUGGCAGCCAGUACCUGCUGGAGAAGGGUGACUACAGGCACUUCAACGAGUAUGGCGCUCGCCAUCCUCAGUUCCAGUCUGUGAGACGUAUUCGUGACAUGCAGUGGCACCCACAUGGCUGCUACACCAUGGCCAGCAAGUGAGGCUCAGGGAAGGAGAGAAAGAGAAAGAGCGGAAGUGAGGGAGAGGGGCGGAGGAAGAAGGAAAGGGGAAGAGAUGUCUGAGGCUUUUACCUUGUAGAAGAUCUGCGAUCUAACACAGGGUGAAGAUGCGCUUCUGCCCCUGAUUGGAGACAACACCUCCAUGGAAAGACCUGCUGGACCUCAAAAAAACCACCAGACCACCAUCGAUCCCUCUCUGUCUCUACUUUUCUCUUUCUCCCCUGUGGGUUGAGCUUUUACCCCUUUUCUCCUGUUUUUUUUUAGUCCCUCACUUCAUUCUCCUCCACAGUCCUCCAAGACACAGAAGAGGGAACACAACACCUCUGUUUUACACUCAUGAUUUUCGGCUCAGGGUUUGAUACACCAUGGGAAACCAUGGACCAUGGACUCCUCCUACCUGCCCUCGUGCACGCCCGCUCUACUGUACAGACUCCUGGCCAAGUUUUCAAUAAAAAGGAAAAUCUGGAUUUUAAAGAUA